AUAUAGAAGGUGACAUACACCAUUGGCUUGUAUCUAAUUAUCAUUAGGCAAGAAGGAAUGAUGUCACUCCCUGAAUUUAAAUAGCUAUAUCCUUUUGGAAUUCAUAGUUGUGAUGUUUUGAUACUUCAGCUUGAUUACUGCCUGGUUACCUCUUGUAUACAGUCAUUUCUUCCGUGUAGCAUAUAUCUGCACACUUCUUUCUCUUGAGAGCUUUGCCAUCAGUCUUUUCUCUUCUUUCCAGGAGGCUCAUGAAGGAUUUUGAUUUAUUAAUCCUAAUUGUCUCAUUGAGUUUUUUUUAAAGACGGAAGCAAAAUUGGUUCAGCAAAGGCUUGAGACAAGGCAGGUAAAAUUGGGCUCACCAACACACCUUAAACAUUAAAAACUUUUGGUGUCUAAAAGAUGUGCCAUGGAAUGGUAGGAGCAAAGAGCACGACAACAUUGUUGCUUGCCUUGAUCAGUCAUGGGAUAUUUUUUCCAUUCUUUAUCUUUAGUUCCUGUAUGGUGGAAGGAUUGGACUCAUUCUGUCCACAGCCAUCCAAACCUGAGAAUGGAGGUUAUAAAUGUCACCCAACACCUUGCAAAGAUCCACUGACAUCUGACAGUGUCAUAGAGUAUUUCUGUGACAAAGGCUACCUGUUGAAAGGAGAUUACAAAUAUUUGACUUGCAAGAAUGGCAAGUGGAAUCCAGAACUGGAGGUUACCUGUAGACUUAGCCAAGAUAAAGGUUCUCCUCCAAGCGUAGGAGUACCCACCUUAUCCAUAGUGGCUACUACAGCAAGUUCGGUCGCUCUCAUCCUUCUCCUAGUUGUAUUGUUUGUUUUGCUACAACCAAAACUGAAGUCGUUUCAUCAUAGCAGGCGUGAUCAAGGUGUUUCUGGGGACCAGGUUUCUAUUAUGGUGGAUGGAGUUCAGGUAGCUUUGCCAUCUUACGAAGAAGCUGUCUAUGGCAGUGCUGGAAACUGCAUACCAUCCUCAGAUACGCGGAUACAGAUUGUCCUUUCAGAAGGAGCUGGACAGAGUGAGGCAAGGGAAAUGCAACAGCCACCACCAGACCAAAUGGGUCCCAGCUGCUUUAUUAGGGAGGAUGAAAUCCCUGGACGUUCUGGAUUGUGUGAAGCUGGCAGCUCUCACCACUCAGAAACUGUUCUAGUGCAUCAGGCUACCACGUCUUCCUGGGUGGCUGGCACAUCUAGUAGUAAACCCAGGCAAAAAGAGACUUCAGACUCAGAAAACAGUGAUGUACAAAGCCUUUUAUCGCUGGCUUCUUCAGAGGAGUAUAUGGAUGAUAUUCCAUUGUUGAAAGAGGCAUGAGCCUUACGGCAUUCAUCUAGUCUACACUCUCUACUUUCCUUCUCGGGAUGAUGAGCACUCCAUGCUGGCUUCCCCUUCCCCGAAGUGCUGCACCCUGAAUAUUUCCAGAAAAUAUCCCUUAGUUGAAGUUCCAAAGGAUGCUACCAAGACACCUCCUUCAGUGCAUCAGUGGGGUGCACAGAAUGCCAGCCAUCUUCUCCAUCUCAUUCUAUAAGCAUUAAAGGGGGGGGCUUCAGAGAUGUUUAUAGACUCAAGUUCCUCCAGCCUCUCCUCUUUCCCAGCCAGAUGAUUUUGAGUACAGUCUCUGGAGAGUUGCUAUUUACUUGUGCCUUGCUCCUUCUUACACUGGCUUGUUGCAACUUCUCAUAGGCCUUGCUAGCUUCUGGACUUCUCAGAAAGCAGGGUCAAACCACAGCUUGCUUUGUUUGGUGCAGAUAGUUUUGUUCUAUUUAUUAACUACAUUAUGAAGGCAAGAUGGAAUGCCUCGAGAUGGUCUGAGCAGGAGGGUGUUUGUAGGAGUCAUACAUACUGGUUGUAGACCUCAGGUGUUGAAAAUCGUAUAAUCCAUAAUGUAACUGCACAUCAACACAUUAAUAAGCAGUGCUGGCUGUGUUAAAGGGAAUUGCUACUGGCCAUUUUAGAAAAAAAGCUUAGGCUGCUACAUGUUUUUUUGUUUUCCCCAAGGGUGAAGUCUCUCAUAUAUAUAUGCAUUCAUUCUUUCCUUUAUUCGUUCCCACCACACCCACUAGGACUUUCCUUAUCUUUUUGAACGUGCUGUGGCAUACAUCUAGGGCUGUCUUGCUGCAGAAAGCUUUGAGUAAUUCCCUUGUAUGUAGCCAGAUUUAAGAACACUUGCAUAGCUAAGCCCACGUUCUCACCCUGUCAGCAAUACAUUGGCCAAAUGACAGUUGGUCCAGAGCCUUCCGUCUUUGAGUAUAUGAUUGGUUUAGUCUCUUUCAAAUAUCAGUAGAGUGUCAAUUGUUGUGUUUGAGCAGCAUUAUCACAUGUCACUGCAUUUCUGUGUCAGUCCACCACAGAGUAAUUUUGGCAUAGCUGCUUUAUUUUCUUGCUGUGGUUGAUUUCUGUCCUUGUGGAGGUAUUGCCAGGGCCUGCUUUUUAACCCUUUCCUCAGCUAGCAACUAUCAAUUUAAAGUAUUGAUCAUGGUUAGCAAGUAUUUAGCUUUUUAAAUUGGUAUGUCCAAUUUGCCUUGAAUGAAUUAGUGAUAGCCUGCCUUAAAAAAGAGCCAUGCUGCUGUCUUAUCCAGAUGCAAGAUCCUCCCCUCCUCGACACACUUUAUUUUUUAUGUUGCCUUCUGCAUGCUACUUCCACUUAGAAACUUCUUACUAUGCAGGGAACAUGCUUGUUUACCUCACAUCCUCUCGCACAAGCCUGCUUUUGCUCUUGUUUUUCUAGCUAUCUGUGAACAACAUUUCUUGAUGACAUUAUGGAAGUACUGAUUCCAUAGCUUUUUUCCAAGUGAACCUCCCAAAACAAGACUUUUUGUGUGAUUUCCCAAAGAUUUGUACAACAGAAGUAGGCAGCUUAAGUACCAGUUCUCCAUUUUGUCCCAGAACUGGGACUGGGAAAUAGCUUCUGCCUCUUUGGACGACUGCCCAUAAUCGCUGACUUUAGAUGGUCUGCACAAGCUCAGAACUAUGAGCAUUCCUAUGAGUAUUCCAACAAAAGUUUAGUAUUGAAAACAAAUACUCAGAAAACCACAGCUUGCAUUUUAUCAAAUAAUAAAAACAAAGUCUUUGUGAAUAUAGCCUUGCAAAUUUGUAGGGUGAUGUAUAUGACAAUCUUAAGGUAUAUAGUAGAAUUUGCUGUGGCAAUGUGACAAAACUUUAGCAAUCUGCAUGGUUCUUUAUCCUCCUUCAGGAUGUGCAGAAGUACUGAGUAAACCAAUAAUUUGCUUGCUUUUAAUAAUAUGACAGAGGCAAACAAUUCUGGAUUUUCCUGGAGCUGAUAUUGGUAGCAAUAUAUAUUGCCUUGGCUUUGAUUCUGCUCUCUUGUAAGUAAACAGAUAAGUAUCAGUUAUAUUUGAGGUCUUGUUACACAGAAGAGGUUCCAAUAGCAAUUAGCAAGCAAAAGUUAUUCAGGAAGAACUAGCCUUAACUAAUAUUAUACAGGGGCUAAUAAGGCUGUGCAAAUCCUUUGAAAAAGCUGCUUCCAGACACAAGGCUGUGCACAAAACACUUUUUCCAUGCUAAAACAGCCUUUUUCCCAAGCUUGUGCUGCUGCUUCGGAAGAUGCUUCCAGCUAUCUCUGCCUGUUUUUCCCUUAUAGCUGCUUUACCAAUUUGAAAAGAGGAGCUUUGAAUGAGGCCCCACAAAUUUAGAAGCACUUCUUUUGAAGGAGUUUUACAAUCCUAAUGGCUAGGGGCAUAUAAUUUCCUCAACCUAAUAACCAUAAUAAUGUUUAUCAUGCUGUAUAGACCCAGCUCUUGUGGUUUGUAAAUCUUGACAAGUGGUUUACCAUGGUCUGUGAACUUAUUCAAGAAACCAAGAUUAAGUAAAUUGUGGCUUAGUACAGUGGUAAAUAUUUUGGUCAGGAUGGAGAUGUCGCAAAGUAUAGAGUGACGUUUAAUGCUGGUUUCUUUUCUGGAUUCAUAUGACUGGAUUGGCCUUGAAUAUCAGUCUUCUUUCUCACUCAGCUGUGCAGUUUUUUAAACCAUUGUGUUUUAUGUAAGAACUCUGAAAUAACAUAUUUGCAUUUCAUCAGGCAGAAUUUAUAAUCCAGUCUUUACAUGCAGAAGGAAGGGUUUUGGUGGAGCAGGUCAUGCACUGUUCCCACAGUUGCCAGCUUCGAUGCCAAUGGGAACCACACAAGGAGGGCAUAAAAGCAUUAGCACCCUCCCUUUUUAAUGUGUAGCCAGCAUGUUCCAUGUACUGCAUCCUUAAGUCUCUGGAAACCUUUCGUAUAAAUAACCUUUAUAAAGAAUUUGGAACUUAAUAUUUUACCUGAAUAAUUUAUAGUUGGAUCUUGUGAUUUUUCAGGGCAAGAAUUAAAUAGCUUUUCCUUUCUGGGAAACUGAAUUUUGAAGAUCAACAAUAAAAAUGAUACCAUCUUCAAAAUUGUAGGUUUCUUUCCCCUUUAAAAUCUUACAUUCUCAGGUUCUUGAACUGAUUGGCAAAUUCAUAGAAAGCAAAGGUACCAAUAGCUGUUAAGUAUAUGCUGGGGUAUCUGUUCUAAAGCUUAAGAUGUAAAUGAAUAGAAUAUUUUUUUAAUUGACAUUAAAAUUCUGAAGCAUCAAAGAGCAUUAAUUAGGUUGGAAGGGCUGCUACUCCAACACUGUGCAGUUCUUGGGUGCCUAAUUAUUCAUUUAACUUCUUGCAGCCUUGUAUAGGGAGAACCAGAUGCUGCAAGAGCACAAUUUGUGCCUUGCAGGAAUAAAAUGUGGUUCUGGUUUUUAAAAUGUAAGCCUUUUCUGAAACUUGAGUCUCCUGGUUAAUCUUGUUCUGAUGAAUGAAUGCUUGCCAUUCCAUCCCCCAUUUUAUUACAAAUCCUGGUUGGGAGAUGAACCCAUGAAGCUGCCUUAAAGUGACUUAGACUGGUCCAUCUAGUUCAAUAGAUUUUUCUUUGAUUACAGAGGUUUUUCUCACUCCAGUAGUCAUUGCUGGGCUGAGUUGGUGAACAUACACAUCUUAUGUCAGGUGUAGAACUUAACCACAGGAUAUUUUUCUCUUCCACUGAGAAAAGCUUUUUCCUUACUCUUCUACCUGCUGCAUGCUAAAAGCAAGAUAUUUAAGUUAAAAUGCAGUGCUGCUUUUCUGUGGUGAAUACACAUCAAGUGGAUUGAUGUACACUAUAGAAAGCUGCCAUUUAACAAGGUGUAGGGCCUGAGCACCCCAUUUUUCUCCUUCAUUAAUGGUCAGCAUAACAUCAGUGUCUUAAAACAGCUGCCACUCUAGAAUAGACAUAUUUCUUAGUGUUUCCUCUUUUGAAGGAAAAACUAAAGCUUGAGAAUCCAUGCAUGUUAAAACAAACAGGAUUACCAGAUUCCUUUUUUAUUCUCAUGCCCUUGCUUUUGAAGUUUCAUAUAAAAUAAGAAGUGGAGGAAGAAGCUUGAUGGAGAAUGAAUCUGUUUUUGUUUUUUUUAAUAUUUUAAACUUGCACAUUUAAGGCAUGAAUACAGUAAGACUAGAAAAUAUAUAGAGGAAAGUACAGAAGAGUACUGAACAAUACUAGAUGCUUAAGUGCAGACUGCACCUGUUAAGCACUCUUCUGAGUCCUCUUCCCACAAAACUUUUUUUUUUAAACACUGGAGCACUUUUUAAUGAUUCAGUUUUUACUUAUUAUAAGUAAAUAGUUUAUAAUAAUCACUUCCUGCUACUUGUGGCAGAUGUGAGGGGUCUGCAAGUCCAUUUCCUGAUUAAAAGGUUACAUGAGUGUUAUUGGCCCUCAGACACUGGAUACGUGGGCAGCUAGACCUGCAGCUUGAAAAAUCUAAUUGCACAAACUUUGGUUAGUAGUUUCUACUUCCUUGCUACGAAAUGCUUUUCUUUUAGUAUCCAGCAAUCUCACCUAUGUACGCUUUCUUUCUUUGUUUGCUACCUGUAAUGCUUACUCAUGUCAAGUGUACUAACACAAGAAUAACCAUGAUGCUAAUUAGAAUACUUACAAGAGGUGUGUGUGUGGAAAGGGGUUCCAGAACCAAAGAUGUUUUUGUUAAUUGUGCUAGGUUGAGUAAUAGUGCAUACACAACUGUGGUAUGUGAUCCUAUAUCCUCAUUAUUGUGAGGUAAGAGUGUCUGCAGUGCAAAAAAUUAGUACUACUGUGUCCUCACAUUGUUUUCAAAUAUGGUGUAAUGCAUACAAUUUUCAGAUAUUGUUCAGAAGUAUAGAAACAGGCCAUGAGUCAAAUCUGACUCAUACUUUACAUGACAGAUGAUGUCUGGAUUUGCAGCAACUACUGCAUCAUAUGCCAGUAAACAUACAGACAUAAACUAAUAAUCUGUGGUCAGCCUCAGGUCCCAGGGUUUGUGUUCUGCAAAUCCCUGAGAAGUACAUGCAUUUCCUUAACAUUUUAAUGCUAACUACUGUAUACAGUAGCUGCAACUGCAAUGCUGUGAAUCAGUUUUCAGUUUCCAUUAUUACUAUUGUAUAUGUAUCACACACACUCCCAAAAGGAGUAGCGUGUGCUUUUGAGAGGGGCAAGUUGGAAACCUUUAAUUGGCACACCACAUUUAGUGGUAUUUUAUGAAUCUCAAAUCCAUGUCUGGUUUGUUUCCUAGAUGCUUUUAAUUGCUUUUGAAUUUGAUCACCUCUGUCAUGUUGUUAAGAUCCCAAUGCUUACACCAGAAGAAAUGCAGCUGGAUAUGAAAAACCUCUGUGUUAACAUCAUGGAAUACUGCUUUUUCCAGCCGGUGAGCUAAGGAGCGUAGCUGUCAAUUUCUGCUGGAAAUUUGACUGUUGCACUUGAUUUUUCAUGGAAGCUCACAGAGUUCAGACCAAACAUCCUGUUAGAACAAACAUUCAGACACACAUUUACACUGUAAUGCAGAUGACAGGCUGUAGGUAGCUGGAGAUACACAAGGGGAAAACCUGGUUGCCUUCAGUGCUUUUUAUUUGUUUGUAAUCUGAACUGCAUCACUAAGGAAUUUAUUUACAGAAUGGUACUCAUAUAUAUAUAUAUAUGGGGUUUCAAAGAUUCUAUGAUUAAUGCUGUGCAGGAUGGAUAUAUGUGUGUGUGUAUAUAUAUAUAUAUAUAUAUAUACAUCCUGUACAUUACAGUGGGUGUGAUGAUAGUAUUUUAAUAUUUGUACAAAAUUUAAUUUAAUUUCAAUUCUAUGUAUAUAACUGCAUUUCUAAAUUAAAACACCUUUUGAAGUGAA